GAAAGAGAGGACGGCGAGUAUCGAAGUUUCGAAUGCGCCCGACAAUCCCGACAUCGAUAGCUAGCCGCCGUCGCCGCGCUGCGGCAACGCCGCGACGCGUCCUCGCGACAGUACGAGGCCGACGCGCUCACGUGUUACAGAAAUCGUAGCGUAGACGAGACGAAUCAAGGGAAAAAGAGACAAGUAGGAACGAAAGAAAGGGGAGGGGAGAAUAGAGCGAGCGGGAGAGAAAUAUCAUCGUUACCAGAACUCGUCGUGACAAAUGCUGGAUAACAGAUAGAAAAAAAAAGACAGAACAAGGGGGGAGAGAGGGAGAGAGAGAGAGAGAGAGAGGGAAAACCGAAGCGCCGGUCGGAGUCAGACCGUCGGACGGUGGGGCGCAGGGCACGCUCUCUCGCGGUAUUUGCGCCAAGCGUCAGUAUCAAUAUGGCCGUUGACGUGAGCGCAGUGCGCGCAGAGACGUGGACGCGAUAGUAGCCUCGGUUCGAUCCCCCUAACAUGAGGUAUACUGCAGCCAGGAGGGACGCUUUUACGUAAUACCCGGAUAUAACAAACGGUACCCGGCACGUACCCGCAAAAUGAACUGCGCCGCGCCCGAGGCGGCCGCGACGGCAGCAGCCGUCGCGAGCGGCGAGCAGGUCGGUGCGGUACAAGAUAUCAAAAACGCAAUGUUUAACAAUGAAGAAGGGUCUAAACAAAACAGUGACGAUGCAAAAUCAACAACUGUAGAAUUAUUUCCAUGGGUCUCAGAAUUUAAAAAAAUGUGCAAAUGUAUGUACGCGAAAAAAAGUAUGGCUUCUUUGGCAGAGCUUAUGCAGUACUAUAUCAGAAAUGUAAGUAUCAGUGUGAAUGAAUGUUAUACAAAGCCUUUACGAGCAGCAAAGUUGAAGGAUUCCAUUAGUGAAACCUUACUUUUGUUCUUAUAUAUCUAUCGCGAGCUUUCUGAGGACCGUAAUAAAUCUAUUUACUUAAGUAAUAUGUCCGAUUUAUUGGCAUUGUAUAUAGAUAUGGAAUUAAAAGCUUCAAAAAAAAGUAAAGAAGGUCAUAACAGAAUUUGCACAAGACUUAUUUCUUGUCUUUAUGUAUAUUUAGAACAUUCCACAGAGCAUUUGUUAGAUACUUUGAUAAAAACACAAUGUAUGUGCCAGGGUUAUCAUCGUAUUUUAGACCCGAUAAUAACAAAAGUAAUUAAAAAUAUUCCAAAGCAUCCCAAAUCAAAUAUUAUGUAUAUUCGUUAUCUUCUUAUUUAUUGUCUUUGGAAAAAAAUAAAUAGCAAUUUAACCGCAAAAAGUGACAUUACUACAACCGCAAUUGCCUCUCUGGGAACACCACCAGCGGCUUUCCCACCAUGCGUGUUAAAAGAUAUAUUACCAAAAGUGCCAAAGUGUCAACCAAAAUAUUCAGCAAAAUAUCUGAUGCGGCGAAAAUUUGAUAUAAAAAAAUGCUGUGAAAAAUUUAUACAGUUCUGUAAAGAGAGCAGAGGAGAUACAUACCAACAACAAAGUGAAAAUCCAACAUGUCAGCAACAAAGUGAAAAUGCUACAAUUCCAAGCUCAUCCAAGAAGACUACUUCAUUGCUGGAAGUUACAUCACGCGAAAAUAAAAAUACAGAUUGUACUGAAAUUAAACUUGUUUCUUCAGAUAAAGAUGUAGAAAGUAAUUAUGUUGUGUCAAAUAAUUUAAAAUCUUUAAAUUUAACAGAACAAACAAAUGUUAAACCUUUAGGCACAAUUUCUACAAAUAUUUCUGUAACACGGACUAUCUCUAAAUCGGUGAAACCAAAAGUGCUUCCACGGAAGAAGGCUAAAAAAUCUAAUAAGAUUGUACUAAUCGAUCUUACAACUGACGUCGCUUUCGAACGAUGCAUAAAGAAAAGGAAAUUGAGAAAAGUUGCGUGGCUCGAAGAAGUUAAAAAGAACUUUGACGCGAAGUCGAUAAGAGCGUCACGGAAGAUUAAGAAACAACAAAAAGCGAAAAAUUCUUUGAAGAAAAUAACUAAUCAACAAUUGGAAGAUUCGCUUCAAUCUGUACAUGCCACAGAAAAUACAACUUUGAAGAAUGAUUCGAGUACAUCUACGAUACAGGACAUGAAGUUAAAUAACGAACAAAUAAAAUCCAUGCAUUUUGAUGCAAAACAUAACAAUAUAUCAGUCAAUGGUAAUAAUACAAUAUCUACAAAACAAUCGAUACAUACGAACAGCAGUGACAAAAAUGAAUCUGUCGACAUGCUGCACUGCACAGUUUCUUCUUCUGUAAUUGUUGAUAGACCACAGUUUAAUAAACCUAAAACUUCAAAAAAUUCAUUAUUGGAUAUUUCGAAUGACGUUAAUAAAGUUAGUAAAUGUCAUGAUGUUAAUAUUUUGGAAGCAAAGAAUAAUGAGAAAAUAAAUGAUAGGAAUAAUACACAGACUGUGAUUAAACGAUUGAUGGAAAAAGAUACUCCGCCUGAAAGUGAAACCCAUAAAAGAGUUGAAAGUUUAAGAAAAAUCUGUGAUUUAGGAACAGAGCACUCUAAAACUGUAAAUACUCCUUCGAUAUGUGCCCAAGAUAAUUCCAAAGAUGAAGAUAAUAGCUCUAAUCAUAAUACUAACUAUCUUACAACUAAAGAUAAAUUAUCCUCACAGGUAGCUUCAUCUCUGGAGCACUGCAAAAACAACACACAGAAUGAAACAAAUGAUGAAGAAACGGAAGAUUUUGGAAACAAUGAGAAAUGUGUGCAGGAAGAUAUCUGUGAAAUACAAUGUUUGAAAUCAACCACAGUUGAUAAUGAAUUAAGUAAAAAGAAAUUUGCAGUUUCUACGACAGUAGCUGAAACUCUUACUACAACAACUGUAAGUAGUGUGGAAAUAUUAAUAAAUGACGCAACAGAAUCUGAGCGAUUGCAACAAUCAUGCAUUAUUGAAAAUACAAGGCACUCACAGGAAUCUGAAUCUCAAGAUAAAUAUGUAUCAACAAGUCACGAUGUUGCAAAUAAUACUGUAAGUAUUAAUAUAACGAAUGGAGACCAUUCUAAUGUACAAACAGAUUUAAAAGUUGAUACUUGUGUCGAAGUAAGCGAUGACGUAAAGGAUAGCAGAUUUCCUAAUUGUAAAAUCAAAGAAACUAUUUUUGAAAAUCACACAGCUGAUAAGAAAAAUAUUUCUAAUAUCCUUGACAUGUCACUGUGUUCAAAAGAUGAAAAAGUCAAUGAUAUCGAUUCGAAAGCAGAUCAUAAAGAAAAUGUAGAAAUUGAAUCGAACAGGAAUUGUGGUAGAGAAUGUAAUAUAGGGGAAUUAGUAGAAAGAUCUUCUGUACUGUGCAAAAAAGUUGACCAAACGCAUGAUCAUAAAUUACCGAAAGAAUCAUACAAGAUAUCACAUAUGAAAAAUAUUCAGGAUUCAUCGGGGAAUAAAUGUAUCAUUCAAGAUUCAGAGUUACAUGAUAAUAUAGAUGGGCUUUCAUUAUUAGCCAAUGUUAUCGCAAGUCAGCAUGUAUCUCAUCUAAAAACUGAACGUGAUUUAAAAUAUGAACAAAUCAAAGUCAAGGAUUAUGCAUCGUUAAGAAAUUCUCCUAAUAAUCAAACUACGGAUGAUGAAGCUGAUGCCAAUGAUUCAUCGAAUACCGUUUCUCAAAUUUUGGAGAAUCCAUCCACUGAAGUCAUCAAUAGAAUAGUUGGGAUUUAUCCAGAAGAUGCAUUAGACAAAGUAGCGCUUCAUGUUGAAGUGACAUCGACAACUGAUCCCGAUGACCGCGAAAAUGAUUCAAGCAAUAGCGUUUCGCGUAUUGUUGAAACUACUCUCAAUUAUGAAACAGACACGAUAUCCAAUAAUUUAAGUAUGGUGGAAAACAAUGUGCAGUCAAUAAAGGAAAAUACGAACGUUAUAUUAAACGGUGAAACAGUCGUGCUCUUACAAAAGUCUCCCAAUAGUAAUUUAUACAUUAUUAAUAAAGCAGUGGAAAAUGCACGAGAUCAUAAUAGCGACGAUGAGAAUUGUCCAAUUAAAGAAAAGAGCUGGAUGAUUCCACCGGAAGAUUAUGCAUCGUUUGAAGUUGUUAAUACGUCAGAACAUAUUUCGUUUAAUUUGGAUCUACCGCAAUAUAAGGAAUUAUCGUACCAAGAAAAUAAAUAUUCCGUCGGAAGAAAUAAAGGUAUAAAAAUCGAGCCUGAGGAGGAAAGCAGCUUAAUGAAUAUCACAGAAAUGAAAUCUUACGGUAAGAAAGGUUCAUUAUCAGCCGACGUGUUACCUGCGACGUCGCAAAUCUAUCAGGACACGAACGUUGCGAAUGUUAGCAUCAGCAAGUCAGUCGAUAAACGAAAAUCCAAAUCCAUUCUUACUUAUAGACAGAACAUUAAGCAAGAGUUCAGCAAUCAUAUUACGCCUAAUUGUGGAAUACAAGGGUGCAACGGAAUACAUUCGCAUCCGCAUGAAGUAAUUGACCCGCAACAUUCGUUACAUAUUCCGGUCAGUCAUCCCACGACAAUAUCUUCGAUUUACGGGAACUGCGCUGCCGGCACAGAUCUGUGUAUGCCGUAUCACAAGCAUUGCACCUCCGUGUCGUGUAGUUUACAAAUUAAUUCUACUACUUCGCUCCAUUCCCACACGAAGUCCGCAAAUUCAUGCGGGAGAUCACACUGCUCAUGUCUAAAUUGUACGUAUGACAUAGUCACGCAUUGUAGACAGUGUAUACACCCGGCCACAGACUCCCACGUGUCUUGCAUUGAAAGUAAUUCUUAUUUUUUGCCCACACAUUCAUCAGUACAAACAUCCGCCGUCCAAGAGCAUGAUAGGACAAAAAGCGAAGCGGUAAUAAGUAAAUUAUACGAUGAUCAAAUAUUGCGUAAAAGAGUACUACAAAAUAAUACGUUGGAAAAGCUGGAUAUGCCGCGCGAGUCAGAGAAGUUAUUUAAGAAAGAUAUCGAGAACACGUUGCCGUUGAAAAAGAGAUUGAAAGCUCAUGCCAUGAUGUCAAUGGCAUAUGAGAAGGUACCUAUCAAGACAGAGAAAUUGGAUAACUAUCCUGGAAUUCCCAUGAUGUCCAUAGCGGCCAUAGAAAAGAUAAAUGGUACACAGAAACAUCCCACGCAAAUCAUUAAGUCAUAUGAAUUAUCCUCUAAUGAAGAGGAUAAUCCACACGGCAGCUAUCACUUCAAUUCGAAUAUAAUGCGAAGGGAUUACUACAAAGAUAUCCACAUUUCUAAUACACAUAAUCUUACGAAAGAAAGUACAAGAAAUCACGAGCGUCAGUUUCGACCAAAUGGUGAGCAGCCUAAUGCAGUGUGCCUAGAAAGUUGUCAGGACAGGACACCUGCGCAGCGCAGAGACGUCACAAAUUCAACAUCUCUGAAACAUACAACAACGGAGACGAUCGAACAGGAUAGCGCGUGUAAAAAGGCGAAAAAAACGCAGUCGUCUAUUAGACAAACGAGAAGCUCAAAAAGAAACGUUCCUAAGGUAAAUUAUUGUUACACCGAUGUUGAUCCAGAAUGGAAUCCGUCCGGUGAGUCAAAACGAAGACGUAAGAAGACUAGUCGAUGAUCAAUACUAUUUCAUUACGAGAAGUCACUGCUGUAAAAAUGAAAGAGAAAAUGGAAAUAACCUGUAUAAAGGACAAAUGUGUUCUUCAAGCUGUGGCACUGUAAAUCUGUGUAAAUAUAUGUACAAAACGGAAGCGAAAAAUAACUCGUCCUAGAAGAUUUAGAAAUAGAUCGUUCAGCAGCGUGUUCAAGAUUAGCGUCAGCGAAGAAUUACAUUAGCUAUAUAUAGAAGACAUCUGCAUAAAAUAUUUUUGAUGUUUGGUUAGAUAUCGCUAGAAGCAAGUUGUAGAGAAUUUUAUUCCGUUAAAUCAUAGUUUAGACGUUCUUAGUUGUGACAGUAAGCGUCGACAUUUUUGUUGCGAUCACAUGAUUUAUUGUC